AGCAUACUCUAAUAUUCCCAAGAUGAGUGAGCAGGAGGUCACUUUAUCAACUGUGAGAUCUCAUAAGUCUUCAGUGUUGCAGAACCAGGUGAGGCUUGAGGAAACUCAGAGGGCUAGAAAAGGUGGCCUCAGAGGCAGAGGUGUUGAAAUAUACUGGUUCUGCUAUGGCAUAAAAUGUUAUUAUUUCAUCAUCGACAGAAAAACAUGGAGUGGAUGUAAACAAACCUGCCAGAAUUCUAGCUUAUCCCUUCUGAAGAUAGAUGAUGAGGAUGAACUGAAGUUGCUUCAUCUCCUGGUUCUUUCAGACAGUUACUGGUUCGGAUUGUCAUACGAUAAUAAGAAAAAAGAUUGGGCAUGGAUUGACAAUGGCCCAUCUAAACUGUGA